CGGGCACCGCCCCCGGCGCGUGCGCGCGUCACGUGGGGCGCCGACCGUCUGCAGCUGCGGCGGGACCCGGCCUGGAGACUGCGCCGCCUGCAGGUUGCCAUGGCGGCCGUUGACAGCUUCUACCUCCUGUACAGGGAAAUUGCCAGGUCUUGUAACUGCUAUAUGGAAGCCCUAGCCCUGGUUGGAGCCUGGUACACGGCCAGGAAGAGCAUCACCGUCAUCUGUGACUUCUACAGCCUGAUCCGGCUGCAUUUCAUCCCCCGACUGGGGAGCAGAGCAGACCUCAUCAAGCAGUAUGGAAGAUGGGCUGUCGUCAGCGGUGCAACAGACGGCAUUGGGAAAGCCUAUGCCGAAGAGCUGGCGAGCCGCGGACUCAACAUCAUCCUCAUUAGCCGCUGCGAGGAGAAGCUGCAGGCUGUGGCUAAAGACAUAGCCGACACCUACAAGGUGGAGACCGAUGUGAUAGUCGCCGACUUCAGCAGCGGCCGAGAGAUCUAUGCGCCCAUUCGUGAAGCCCUAAAAGACAAAGAUAUUGGCAUUUUGGUAAACAAUGUGGGUGUGUCCUAUCCCUACCCCCAGUAUUUCACGCAGGUCUCAGAGGACAAGCUCUGGGACAUCAUAAACGUGAACAUUGCUGCCGCGAGCUUGAUGGUCCGCAUAGUGCUGCCGGGGAUGGUGGAGAGGAAGAAAGGCGCCAUUGUCACCAUCUCGUCUGGCUCCUGCUGCAAACCCACUCCCCAGCUGGCUGCGUAUUCUGCUUCAAAGGCAUACCUCGACCACUUGAGCAGAGCGCUGCAGUAUGAAUACGCUUCCAAAGGCAUCUUUGUGCAGAGCCUCAUCCCGUUCUCUGUAGCCACCAACAUGGCUGCACCCAGCAGCUUUCUGCACAAGUGCCCAUGGUUGGUGCCUUCGCCAAAAGUGUACGCACAUCAUGCUGUCUCUACCCUUGGAAUUUCCAAAAGGACCACGGGAUACUGGUCCCAUUCCGUUCAGUUUCUUUUUGCACAGUACAUGCCUGAAUGGCUGUGGGUGUGGGGAGCAAACCUUCUCAACCGCUCGUUGCGCAAGGAGGCCUUAUCGUGCAGAGCCUGAACCGGGUCAGCCUCAAGAGCGUAGCUGAUUGAGGGUAGCCUGCAGUCUUCCGCCAUUGGGAACACGACACUUCAUUUAUGCUGCGUGCUUUCUUUGAUUGCUGAUUGUCUAGUGUAGGAGAGUCGCCAUUUGCAAAGCAGACAUAAUGCUGCCGAGCGCUGUGACAGCGCCUCCGGGGUGCUGUGGCCUUGGGCUUCUGGGGUCUCAGCACCAACACAGGACACCUGCACUUCCGGGCUGCUCCAGGAGCUGUGGCAGUCAGAGACUGGAAUGUUACAUGAUGUGUCAGCUGUUAAAAUUCUUCAUGCUGGCUGUUAAGGGAAACAGCCUACUGUCCCUUUCCAGACGGCUUAUGUAUUGGGUUUCAAAUAUUCAUCAGGAAAAACAAUUGAGAAGUGUUUUGUGACUGAAAUUGCUGGUGUUAGCAGUGGAAGUCUGUAUGUGUGCUGCUGUGUAGCCACAGCUGUUGUCCUGUAUGUGACAGCACAGCUCUUCCACAGAGGCUUCGGCAGGGAACCCUGUGUGGAUGUGUGUGUUGU